AUGCCUUCUGCUGGCCCAGAAGAGCUGGACACUCAUCUCAACACCUCCGCCAUGACCGACCUCAUUUCUACCCCUCAACGGCCCCGAGCAGCCACCACGUCUCUCCCCACUGUGGUUCCCCCAUCUCCCAUUAUGCGACAUUCUCUUCAAAGUUCCAGUUCUCUUCAUGGGGGAAGUCCACCGUUGGGAUCGACUGAGCAUGAUGUCACUAGUAGCGCUCAAGGACCUCUGCGACAUCCCAAGCCGUUGACUCCAUCUGACUUGCACUCGGUUCUGGAGAAAGAGCAAGAGGCGAUGGUAAAUCGCUUGACCCGAGAGCUCUCUCUUCUCCGCCAGCAGACUGCAUCCGUAGCAUCAACUACAUCUUCAACCUCAACUCUAAACGAGCCCCCAGAUGGCACCACCCAUGGCUCCCCAUCGUUGGGCAGUUCCACACACUCCCAUUCAUACCGCCGACAACGCUCUUCAUCCAGCCUGAGCUCCCAAACCCCAUCUGUCCAGGGCAGCCAAGCAAGCGUGACUGGAAUCGCACCCUCCAGAACUGAGCAUCAUCGCACGCCCCGAAGCCGUGAACCAUCGCUCACUCACCGUCGCCCAUCGAUCGGAUCACUAAAUUCAUAUACGCAACACCCACAUCCAGAUCAUGUGUCCCAUUUUGGAAACAGUCCUUCGAUCUAUCCACAUCGAACGUCGGUAUCUCAAACACACUUGGGUCUUUCCAGCAAUUCUCUAGCCCGGUAUGAAGAGGCCGCUUUACAUAAGUCGGAAUUGGAAACCACCAAACGGGAGAAUGAGCAGCUGCGACGGCGGGUACGGGAGUUGGAACAGAUAUUGAAGAAACAAAAGGAGGAAACGGCGAAUUCUUGA